CGGCGCUGACUCAGGGAGCCAAAGGGUCUGUUUCAAUGCUGUGUCUCUAAAACCUAAAACCUAAUGAAGAGGGGGCAACAGCAGGGUUCUACAAGAAUAGGGGUGAGGGGAAGUGCCGUGGUCAUGUCCCCAUUAGUGGAAGGGCCAUGGAACACAGCGGAGUUGGUAUUUAGGGACCCAACCCAGAGGUGGUCAGUAAUGGGGUCUCUGAUCUGAAGGCACUCAGGAGUGAGAUUGGGUCCUGUGGCAUUGGUGGAGGCCCUGAUCUGGAGGCAGGGAGCUUGCAACCCUUGAUAGACGUCAGGUAAAUGAAGAAGUACUGGUUGAAGGCAUGGAUCUGGUGAUGGAUGAGGUGGAAGAUAUGUCUAUGGGACAGCAAGGUCCGCAGUUGUGAGAGCCUCCAGCAGGUACUGGCACAUGGUGGGGAGUGUAGAGUGUAGAACAGGGACAGAGAAUUAUUGUGAGAAGUGGUGAAAGGAGUGUAGGUAUCUUCGAUCCUAGUUGGGCCCAAAGUGGGAAGUCUGUAAACACAAGGGAAUUUUGAAGAAAGGUCUCGAUCCGAAGCAUCACCCAUUCCUUCUCUCCAGAGAUGCUGCCUGAUUUACUCAAGCUUUUUGUGUCUUGCUUCGGUUUAGACCAGCAUCAGCAGUUCAUUCCGACACCAUGAGUUUUUUGCUUAAUAUUCCAGCAUCUGAAGUUUCGUUUCCUCAUAGUAUCAGGCUAAAUUGCAUAUGCAUGCCUUUUAGUGAAAAACAAUUAGUGAGGACAAUAACAGAAAAGGGAACAAAAUUCCCCGAAACAGCAGGAACAUGAGUUAUAUUGAAAGGGGAAGAAGAAUUAAUGAACCAGACAGUACAUAAGAGCUGAGUUUAAGGAAAUAAAUAUUUAAUCAAGCUUUAAAAUGGGAGAGGAGUUUUUCUGGAGAACACAAACUCGGCUGAAGAUGUAUUUUUUCAUCUCAAUAAUGAUUUUAUGUAAUGUGCAACCGAGCAUGCAGUCAUCCGAUGUCGAUUGCAUUGUCUAUAAUGAGGAAUUCAUGGAGUGCACAUGGACCCACAGUGAAGGGGACGUGAACUCCACCCUGUAUCACUGGUAUAUGAAAGAACCACCACAGGAAUGCAAGAGCUACAUUCAACAACAUGGCUACAACGUAGGAUGCUAUUUCUCAACCAGUGAGAUACACGAAUUCAGACGAUUUUACGUUUUCAGAAAUGGCUCGGGAACUAUUUCAGGAGAACCCCAAAGGUUUCAGCUCCAGAACCAAAUCAAACCCUUUGCUCCUGAGAACCUGGUGGUGAAUGCCACGAAAAAGAACGGGCUCAGCCUGAGUUGGGUUUCCAUGAUGCCAAAACUAAGUUGCCUGGAGUUUGAAGUCAGGUACCGGAAUAACAAGGACAAGGAAUGGCAGAAAGCUACUGUCAUGGAAAAAACCAACUUCAAUUUGGCAAGUGUGGACCCAGAGAAGCUCUACACCUUUCAAGUGAAAAGCAAGGUUAACAUAUACUGCGGCACGACAAAAUUGUGGAGUGAGUGGAGUCUCCCUGGUUACUGGUGGAGAAACGACAUCCAACCAGAUGUCGAUUGCAUUUUCUAUAAUGAGGAAUUCAUGGAGUGCACAUGGACCCACAGUGAAGGGGACGUGAACUCCACCCUGUAUCACUGGUAUAAGAAAGAACCACCACAGGAAUGCAAGAGCUACAUUCAACAACAUGGCUACAACGUAGGAUGUCAUUUGUCAACCAGUGAGAUACACCAAUUCAAACCAUUUUACGUUUUCAGAAAUGGCUCGGGAACUAUUUCAGGAGAACCCCAAAGGUUUCAGCUCCAGAACCAAAUCAAACCCUUUGCUCCUGAAAACCUGGUGGUGAAUGCCACGAAAAAGAACGGGCUCAGCCUGAGUUGGGUUUCCAUGAUGCCAAAACUCAGUUGCGUGGAGUUUGAAGUCAGGUACCGGAAUAACAGGAACAUGGAAUGGCAGAAAGCUACUGUCAUGCAACAAACCGACUUCAAUUUGGCAAGUGUGGACCCAGAGAAGCUCUACACCUUUCAAGUGAAAAGCAAGAUUAACAGAUUCUGCGGCACGACAAAAUUGUGGAGUGAGUGGAGUCUCCCUGUUCACAGUCGGAGAAACAACAUCCAACCAGAUGUCGAUUGCAUUGUCUAUAAUGAGGAAUUCAUGGAGUGCACAUGGACCCACAGUGAAGGGGACGUGAACUCCACCCUGUAUCACUGGUAUAGGAAAGAACCACCACAGGAAUGCAAGAGCUACAUUCAACAACAUGGCUACAACGUAGGAUGUUAUUUCUCAACCAGUGAGAUACAACUAUUCAAACCAUUUUACGUUUUCAGAAAUGGAUCCAGCGGCUCAGGAGAUAUUUCAAGAGAACCCCAAAUUUUUCAUCUCCAGAACCAAGUGAAACCCUUUGCUCCUGGGAACCUGGUGGUGAAUGCUACUGAGAACAACGGGCUUCUCCUGAGUUGGAGCAUCUCGAAGCUACAAGUCCCGUGCCUGGAUUUUGAAGUCGGGUACCGGAACAUGGACAGCGAAUGGCAGAAAGCUACUGUCUUGCGACAAACACACUUCAAUUUGCCAAGUGUGGAUCCAGAGAAGGUCUACACCUUUCAAGUGAAAAGCAAGGUUAACUUUUUCUGCGCCACGACAAAAUUGUGGAGUGAGUGGAGUCUCCCUGUUCACUGGGGGAAAUCUAAUACAGAGAAUAACCAACGAGGUUUCAUUCUAUUGGCAUUACUUGCUACUGUGCCUGUUUUUGGUUUAUUCAUAAUCAUAAUAUACCUAACAUAUCCAAGAUACACCGCUUCCAGAAAUCUUCGGCAUGUUCAAAUUCGAAAUGAGUCGUAUGAAGGGAAAGUCUCCCAGCUGAGGAUAUUCCACAAUGUGCAUCACUUCAAGUGUCCAAAGGAAAGUGGAUGCCAACAUUAAAGAACAACGAUUUCUCUGCUCUUGAAUUUAAUUUCCAGAGGGUCAUUGAUAUAUGCUUGCAGCCUAAAAAAGCAAAGAUGGCACAAUGACUUUCAUUAUUUCCCCACUCCCAAUAACGCUUGCUUGAAGACUAUGUACAGUAUGUUUAAUCGCAUCUACACAGAACAUCAUCACAUACUGUAGCUGUCUGCUCUAACAGUCCUUGUUGGCCUCUCUGCUCCAUAGGUAAUUGACAAUGAAAGUUACAACAGUGAUUAUCUAACACCUUUCACCAAUUCUAUCCAAGUAUUUACAUAAAAUGGACAAUAUCCUCUAGUAACCAGUAACAUCAGUUUCAAAAACAAAAAUAACGUGGGUGACAGCAAUAGAGGUGGUGCAGCAUUAGAGUUGUUGCCUUUCAGUGCCAGAGACCCGGGUUCAAUCCCGACUACAGGUGCUGUCUGUAUGGAGUUGUACAUUCUCCCCGUGACUGAGUGGGUUUUUUCCGUGAUCUUUUCUCUGAGACCUUUAUGGCGUAAAUGUAAAAAUUAUCCUUAGUUGUGUGUAGGAUAGUGUUAAUAUGCAAGUAUAGAUGGUCAGUACAGACUCGAUGGGCUGAAGGGCCUGUUUACAUGCUGUAUCUCUAAACUAAACUAAACUGCGGCAAUUAAUGUAGCAAUUAACUUGUAAUGAAAUAAAAAUAAAUCAAAUACUUUGCUUCUAUUUUUGUUGCUGUUGAUGUUUUCUGUUGGUUUUCUUUCAUAUUAAAGACUUGUUUGAGUACACUGCAUUUCCCAUUUUGCCAUGUCCUCACUUUGAUUUCUGGUCUAAUCUUUAUCACAUAAAUAUCUAUCAGUUUCAUAACUUUGAAACAAGAUUGUGAAAUUAAUUUCAUCAUCUUAAAGGUCAUGAUUUCAGAACUGCAGCUGGACCUUUUCAAAAUUAGUACCACACAGAUCAUGCCACAAAAGCCUUACAUUAGUCUAUCCCUUGGGGGUGAGUAGAACUGUCACCAUCUAUAUCUCUCUUUUCACUCUCGCCCAACUCUCAGUCUGAAAAAGGGUCUUGAUACGAAACAUCACCUAUUCCUUUUCUCCAGAGAUGUUGUCUGACCAGCUGAGUUACUCCAGCUGGUCUGGCCUUGAGGCUGAUUGACUAGCAUCUACUCCCACACUGAAGAGGGGAAAUGCCUGCAUGUGAUUCA